ACGGCAUAUUUGGGAGCCAAAUUAAAAUUCUAAAAUUUCAACUAAAAUUUUUAAACUUCCCACCCAAAAAAAACAAAAACAAAGUAAUCUUCCUAUAAAUAGCAUGAGUGAAGCAUUCAAUACAUUCACCCAAAACAUACUCCUCCACUAAUGGAGGGUCUUCAACCGCCCCACUUCUACCAUACCAUCAGAGGCAGUCCCUCUUUCAUUUUCAUUUUCAUCCCUCCUUCACCUUCUAGCAUCAACACAUGCUCCCUUUUCAUGCCCUCUGAUCUGCAACUAGUAUAGUUGUAAAUGGUGAUUGCAAUCUACCCCCUUGUUGUAAAUGUUCCUUUUUUUUCAGCUUCACUACUCCUGAAACACAAGUACCAGAUACAUCAAGCAUUAAUAUAACCAAAAUAAAUGAAGAACUUAGAAAACGUGUUGUAGAUGUGCUCCUAGAAAUUGCAAAGGAUGGCAAACCUCAGCGUGGCAGUUUCAUCACUCUAGCAGAGAAGUUCAACAUUUCAUCACGCACACUGUAUAACAUAUGAAAUGCAGCGAAGGUACAAAUGCAAUCAGAUCAGCCUAUUGAUGUUACAUGUAAGUGAAAGGGUAAUUCAGGUAGAAUAGGCUAUGCCUAUAGACACAGAAAAGAUGGUUGUUGUGCCACUAAACAAGUUCAAAAAUAUUAAAGCUCUUAGCUUUGCCAUGAAGGUAACCAAGUCUAUUGUGCAUAGAUGGCUUCAGUCAGAAGCCAUUAGGAGACACUCUAGUGCAAUUAAGCCAAUUUUAUGUGAGCGGGGUAAACUUAAGAGACUUAGGUUUUGUUUGGAUAACAUAAUUAAGUCCCAAUACCAUCCCACAAAAUUCAACAUUUUAUUACUGUUAUGAUACCAUUUAUAUUGAUGAAAAGUGGUUCAACAUAACAAAAACCUUGAUCACUUUCCACAUGCUACCAGCCAGAUGAAAUUGAUCUUUAUAGAACAUUACAGUCUAAGAGGUAUCUGUUAUUUUAAUAUCAAACAUCAUUAUAUUUUAUGAACUUAAUAACAAGCACCCAAAACCAUUGAAUGUACAUUAUUAUCACAUUGCACACUAACACACCACAGACAAUAGGCUGACCAUGCAUGUAUUGUACAUAAAUUUCCAGCACACACCACAUAAAAGUAAGCCUCCAACAUAUAAAUGGGUGGCAUUACAGAACACACAUGAAGAUGAAUGUAAAAGAAACUUGCAUCAUCAGUUUGCCUUAUUAAAAUAUCAUGAAACAAUUUAAUAAAAUAAGCAUACUAAAACGUAAAUUGAAGGAUACACUGUCUGUAUUGGGCCAAUUUUCCCGAAUCCCAUGUUGGUUCUUCAUAGAAGAUUUCAAGAUCCGAUAUAUCUCUUCAAUCUCCCUCGAGGUAACCGAAUCCUCAUCUUCUUCCUUGCCUUCCCACUCAUCUAUAGAAUCUAGAGGGUAUCCUCCUCCAAAAUACUUUUUCCGAAAGUGCCAAGUCGGAUCUAUUUCUAAAGAUUCAAAUCCAGAAACUUACAUGUCAUACCACCAACAAUCAGUAUGGCUUGGCGAUUGAAAAGGAUUUGGAGGAGGAGACCUCUCUUCAAUUCCUCGCCAUUCGUAAGUAAAUGGAAGUUGGGCAUUGAGGGAUCUGAAGGUCCCAUUUGUAGUGGGGUGAAAAGCAGAGUUGGAGCUACAUUGAGAGGGGCGUGUGGGUAUGGGAAGAAAACAAAACAAUGGUAUGGAGCGGAUGGCACGACAGCGCUAAGCUUCGCGUGGUUCAACGAAGGACGCUCUUGCGGGCAAUGCUUCGAGAUAAAAUGUGACUAUGCCGCCUACCCUCAAUGGUGCAUACGCGGCACAUCUGUCACCGUCACCGUAACCAAUUCUUGCCCCUCCGGGGGUUGGGGUUGGUGCAACCCUCCCCGCAAACACUUCGACAUGGCCAUGCCCGCUUGGUUGAAGAUUGCUAAAUAUAGAGCCGGGAUCGUCCCCGUACUUUACAGAAGGGUGCGUUGCAAGAGGCACGACGGGGUGAGGUUUACGGUAAACGGCAUAAACGAGUACUUCAGUAUGCUGUUGAUAUCGAAUGUGGGUGGAGCCGGGGCGGUGAGGGCGGUGAGCUUCAAGAGCGGGAAGGAUAAGGUGUGGAGGCCGAUGCAGAGAAACUGGGGGCAAAAUUGGAACAUGGAUCCACGGUUCAAGGGGCAGGCACUGUCUUUCAGGGUCACAACGGAGGACGGCCACACCAAAACUUUUUGGAAUGCUCUCCCAUAUGCUCAUGCCACCGCCUAUGGAGGAGCCAAUGAUUCCCACACAAUGGGGAGGGCGUGUGGGAAUGAGAAGCCAAGUAAAGAAUGGCAUGGAAGGGAUAACAUUGCAGCAGUAAGCGGCGCAUUGUUCAAUAAUGGGAGCUCUUGCGGGCAAUGCUACCAGAUCAAAUGUGUGAGUCCCGGAUUGUGCAGACUUGGCAGUCCAUCUGUCACCGUUAUGGCCACCGAUCUUUGCCCGCCAAACUAUGCGGCUCCUCCUAGCGGCGGCGGCUGGUGCAACCCUCCACUCAAACACUUUGCCGUGGCACGGCCUGCUUGGUUAAAGAUUGUGAUGAAUUUCGAAGCCGGAAUCAUUCCCAAGAACGACAACAAUGGAGUUUAUAUCGUCUACAUGGGCGCCGCUGCCCGGACGAAUGAGGCUCACGCUGAGCUCGUCGCCUCCGUCACUGAGAGCGACGCGCUGGUGCACACCUACACCAACGGGUUCUCGGGCUUUGCGGCCCGUUUAACCGAGGAAGAAGCCCGGUCCAUCGCUCGGAGGCCCGGUGUUCUGUCCGUUUUUCCCGACCCGGUUCUCCAAGUCCAUACCACCCGGUCAUGGGAUUUCUUGGAAUCGUUUUUGCCGCCUCUACAAUCUCCAUUGUCAUCAAGCUCGUCUACUUCAUCUCCAUCAACCGACACCAUCAUCGGCUUCCUGGAUACAGGGAUUUGGCCGGAAUCUCCUAGUUUCAAUGACUACGGGAUGGGACCCAUCCCGCCACGCUGGAAAGGAAUUUGCCAGGAUGGAUAUGAUUUCAAUGCUUCCCUCUCUUGCAAUAGGAAAAUAAUUGGCGCGAGAUACUACCCAGAGUCAAAGAGGGUUGCACGGAGAGGGUCGGCGAGAGACCACUUCGGGCACGGGACCCACGUUGCCUCCACGGCGGCUGGGUCCCUGGUCGAGGGAGCGUCUUACCACGGCGUGGCUUCAGGGACGGCCCGAGGCGGGUCCCCUUCCUCGAGGAUCGCAAUGUACAAAGUGUGCGACGAGUACGGAAUAUGCAUGGGGUCGGAGAUACUCAAGGGGUUCGAUGAUGCCAUCAAGGACGGAGUUGACGUGUUGUCGGUGUCUCUCGGUAGUGGGCCCGGUGGCGGGACGAAGCCCAAUUUCGUGGAGGACCCAGUCGCCUUUGGGUCCUUUCACGCGGUCGAGAAAGGCAUCGCCGUCGUCUGCUCUGCCGGGAACAGCGGGCCCUUCCCCGGUAGCGUUGAAAACGAAGCUCCGUGGGUCCUCUCCGUUGCCGCCUCGACUCUCGACCGACGCUUUGAGUCGCCGGUCGUCCUUGGGAGACGCAAUAAAGUCAUUAUUCAGGGGGGAGGCAUUCAUUAUGGGAGACUGAGGAAAGGAGCGGCGUACGGGUUGGUUACGGGGGCAUUGGCGAAGAAGAAUAACGCGAGCGAGAGCAAUGCAAGUGCGUGUUUUCUGAGCGCAUUGGACCCGGCCAAGGUGAAAGGGAGAAUCGUGGUCUGUGAGGGGGGAUUUUCACUGCCGGUCGAAGCGGCGGAGGUGGUGAAAGCCCUCGGCGGCGUUGGAAUUAUACAAAUAGUUAACAAUGGUGAUUUGUUCAUGGCCCCGCAGUAUAAUGCUUUAUCCGGCUCUACUGUCUCCCAGGCCCAAGCCGCCCAAAUUUUCACAUACCUUAACUCCACCAGGGACCCAGUUGCAACAAUUCUCCCAACUGGAACAAAAAUAGGAUACCAACCAGCUCCAGUGCCGGACAUAACUGCACCGGGGGUUGACAUUCUAGCAGCUUGGCCAUCCCCCAGCAAGAAACUUCCCGGUUACAACAUAAUCUCCGGCACUUCCAUGUCAUGCCCCCAUGCCUCCGGUGUCGUUGCCACCAUCAAAGCACGCCACCCGACGUUUAGCGUCUCCGCUAUCAAAUCUGCCAUUAUGACCACAGCAACACAGACGAACAACAUGGACGCCCCGAUAACAACCACGUACAGGUCGGCCGCGACGCCGUACGACAUCGGCGCGGGACAACUCAACCCGGCCUCGGCACUGGACCCCGGGCUCGUGUACGAGACCCGGACCGAAGACUACGUGACGUUCCUGUGCGCGACGGGCUACAACACGACGCAGAUCCGGCUCAUCUCCUCGACGGUCCCGAAGCACUUCCGGUGCCCCGAGAACUCGUCCCCCGAGGCUUCGAUCUCGAACGUCAACUACCCCUCGAUAGCCGUCUCGAGGCUGAGAAAGGGCGAGACGAGGACCGUCACGAGAACGGCGACCAAUGUCGGGGACGACGAGGACUCGGUGUACGUCGCGACAGUAGAGGCGAUGGCGGGGAUCGAGGUGGGGGUGACCCCGAACGAGUUGGUGUUUAGUAGAGGGAGAAAGAAGGUGAGCUACAGUGUGACUCUCACUGCUAUGGCAACAAUGGAGAAGGACGUGUUUGGGUCAAUCACAUGGAGCAAUGGGAAGUAUGAUGUGAGGAGUCCAAUUGUUGUGAGUCAUGAGUCCGUCUUCUUCAAUUAAGUUUAUGAAAAAUAGUCGUAAAUCAAUAAUAGAAUAAAGG